AUGGCAAUGUUCUUACUCCUCUCUGGAAUUAUUGUCCUUCAUCUCCUACUGCUGAUUGAGUGUGUCAACCUCCUCAUCCUUCCGCGCGUAGCGAACCAUCCGUGCGACUUCGUCCCUACGCUCGCGCUCUGGGUUCGAUUCCCACCUCGACCUUGUUUUUCCCUUUUUCCGAAAAAAACGAAAGCUCAAUGCGAGACGGGUCAGGAGACGGCGGCAGCGCCUCCACGCGCAGAAACGCCCGUGCCUAGGGUUUGGGCGAAGGGCACAGCGGCUGCACAUCCUGGCGGCCAGUGCGGCAACCAGAUCGCCGCCAAGUUCUCGGAGGUGAUUUGCGAGGCUGCGCCGCCGACCCCAACCUCUUCCUCCUCGCCGGUUCCCUGUCUCGCACUCCGCCUCGGCCUGCCGGGCUCCAAGUCCUCCGACCACAACAGGGACUACUGCGAGGACAUCGCAGCCACGCUCUCCCUCAGCCCGCUGCCAGCUGCCGCAUCCGCUGGCGUCUCCGCCAAGCGCGCCUUCCCAGACCCCGCCCAGCGCCCCGGCGCUGUCAAGGCUAGCGACGACAAGCAAGCUUCCCCCCGCCACGCCGCCGGCCGCCAAAGCGCAGUUGGUGGGAUGGCCCCCCAUGUUGAGCUACCGGAAGAACACCCUCGCCGCGAGCGCCUCCAAGAGCAAGGUGCCGGCGUAGGAGGCCGUGUCCAGAGGCGGGCCCAUAGGAAAGACAGGCUGACUAAUGGCUCAAAGGUGGAUGCCCUCAAAGACCAGGAUUAUGUCCUUACAUAUGACGAUAAGGAUGCAGACUGGAUGCUUGUCAGUGAUCUUUUAGAGGAGCAUAGAGGAUUAUGCUACCCUGCACUUUGCAGGGCCGCGGUGACGCUCAGAGCGGAGGAGGCUGCCGAGGCCACGCAAGAAUGA